UCUCUCUUCUCCUUGUCUUCAAUCUCUAGAUCUCCCUUACUAAUUAUCGAAUUUCGUCAUUUCCUACCUUAAUUUUGUAUCGACUUGUGCGAACAGAUCACUAGAUCAGGCCAUGGCGCCGAGCACGAUCAAAAAGGCGCUGGGAGCUGUGAAGGAUCGCACGAGCAUCGGGCUGGCGCGGGUGAGCCACAGCGCGAAGCUGUCGGAUUUGGACGUGGCCAUUGUGAAGGCGACGCGGCACGAUGAGCAUCCCGCCGCCGACAAGUACCUGCGGGAGAUCCUGAACCUCACGUGCUACUCGCGGGCCUAUGUCGGCGCCUGCGUCGCCUCGCUGUCGCGGCGGCUCGGCCGGACGAAGAGCUGGGCGGUCGCGCUCAAGACUCUGGUCCUCGUCCACCGCCUCCUCGCGGAGGGCGACCCCGCCUACGAGAGGGAGAUCUUUUUGGCCACCCACCGCGGCACCCGCAUGCUCAACGUGUCGGACUUCCGGGACACCUCCAAGUCCGAGUCGUGGGACUUCUCCGCCUUCGUCCGCACCUACGCGCUCUACCUCGACGAGCGGCUUGAUUACCGGGUGCAGGGCCUACGCAAGCGCCGCGGAAGCAGGACCAGCUUCGACUUGGAGGAGGUCGAGGAGGAGGAGGCCGUGGAGGAGGCGGCGGCGGCGGCGGACUCCUCCAAGACCACACCGGCCCGGGAGAUGAAGACCGAGAAACUCUUUGUGCGAACGCAGCAUCUGCAGCAGCUCUUGGAGCGAUUCCUCGCUUGCCGCCCUACCGGUGCAGCGAAGCGCCACCGGCUGGUGGUGGCGGCGCUAUUCCCGCUGGUGAAGGAUAGCUUCCAAAUCUACUGUGACCUCGCCGACAUCGUCAACAUCUUCGUCGACCGUUUCAUGGAUCUGGAAGUCCCCACUUGUGUGCACGUCCACGACCUCUUUUCCCGGCUCGCGAGGCAGUUCGACGAGCUCGACUGCUUCUACGGGUGGGCCAAGUCCGUCGGCAUCUGCCGCUCGUCAGAGUACCCCGAUAUCGAGCACAUCACGGCGAAGAAGCUGGAAGUGAUGAACGAGUUCAUCAGCGAUAAAUCCGCCCUCCGUCAGCGCCUCCAUGAGGCCGCGGCCGAACGCGCCGCGCUCCCUCAGGCGGAGGAACCGAAACCGGCCGAGAACGAAGACAUGAACCAAAUCAAGGCUUUGCCCGCGCCGGAAGACUUCUCCGAAGAAGAACCUGCGACAGAUGCGAUGGCCGUCGUCGAGAAUGUAACGACAUUUACAUUAGAAGAAAAGGAAGCGGAUCUGUUGAACUUGAACGACGACCACGCGAUGACCGUCGAAGAGCAUGGGGACAAGCUCGCGCUGGCGCUGUUCGACGGGAGCCCGGCGGCGGCGGCGGCGCCUAAAUGGGAAGCGUUCUCGAUCGGCGAGGACGCCGACUGGGAGUCGGCGCUGGUGACGACGGCGACCAACAACCUGUCCGGGCAGAGGUCGUCGCUGGGCGGCGGACUCGACAUGAUGUUGCUCGACGGCCUCUACGCCACGGGGCAGGGACACUAUGCGGCGGCGAUUAAUCACAGUAGCAAGAGCGCGAGCAGCGUGGCCACUACGCGAGCACCAAUGCCGGCGCUGCCGGCCCCUCCGGCGUCAGGCGCACCAGCGGACCCGUUCGCGGCGUCGUUGGCGGUGCCGCCGCCGGCGUACGUGCAGAUGAGGGAAAUGGAGGUGAAACAGCGGUGGCUGACUGAGGAGCAGCGAGUGUGGCAGCGGUACGCGAGCGAGGGGAUGCAGGGGCAGGCUGCGUGGUCCAGACAGUUCGUUGCUUAUCAUGCUCCAGCUGGUUCAUAUCAAUACCAGCAAAACCAGUACCAGUUUAAUGGCGGAUACGGCCGAAUGGCUUGAGAGAAACGCGCAUGCAUCGAACAUCCAUCCGUAACCAUGGUGUAAAUUCAACUGCUCGAUCAAGAACAUGACAA